CCUCCGCGCUCCGCGGCUCUAGCUCCCAAAUCCAGCUCUCUGGACUCCGGAGCGUCCAGGGUUUCUUCUCAUCAGGUUCCCUCACACUCAAGCAAUCCCUGGUUCCCUUCUUCAUGGCAUCGCUCUUGUGCUGUGGGCCCAAGCUGGCCGCCUGCGGCAUCGUCCUCAGCGCCUGGGGAGUGAUCAUGUUGAUAAUGCUUGGAAUAUUUUUUAACGUCCAUUCCGCUGUGUUAAUUGAGGACGUUCCCGUCACGGAGAAAGAUUUUGAGAAUGGCCCUCAGAAAAUUUACAACCUUUACGAGCAAGUCAGCUACAACUGUUUCAUCGCCGCGGGCCUCUACCUCCUCCUCGGAGGCUUCUCUUUCUGCCAAGUUCGGCUCAAUAAGCGCAAGGAAUACAUGGUGCGCUAGAGGACGGUCCAAUUUCCCCUCUCCAGUUCCCUCUAUUUAAAGACUCCCUAUCCCAGGUCUCCUCCCACCCAUUCUGGUAUCCUCUGGAAAACUGGGUCCCCCUGGCGAGAGUCUGCAGCCCUGGUUCUCCAAGCUCUGGCGUCCAGCCCCUCGGCUUGACCGUAUCACAAUAAAGAGAAACUGCUCUCUUAA